AUGCUUUCUAUCAAAUUCAUUACCACAUCCAUCCUAUUACUUUUGUUAGCCAUAACUGUUACAAAUGGUUCAAAAAAACGAUCUGUAGUCUCUGGAUGCACAUUAACACCGGAAAUUGAAGAAGGUCCCUAUUAUUACAAUGGAUCAUUAGUACGACAAAAUAUAACUGAAUCACUCAAUGGUAUACCAUUUACUCUGACGCUUAAUGUUAUCGAUACAAAUAAUUGUUCAGCUAUUGUAAAUGCAGCAGUAGAUAUAUGGCAUUGUAAUACUGUUGGUGUUUAUUCACAUUUUGAAACUAGUACAUUGAGUACAACAACAUAUUUGAGAGGUAUAAAAUUGACCGAUACAAAUGGACAAGCAAAAUUUAUCACAAUUUAUCCAGGUUAUUAUGGUGGCCGUUCAACACAUAUUCAUGUUAAAGUUCGUUUUGGUGGUACAGAAACUAGUAGUGGAUCAAUCUAUUACUGGGGCGGACAUACAUCACAUACAGGACAAAUCUUUUUUAAUGAUAGUAUUACAACAUUAGUUCAAAAUACAGCCUAUUAUAGUUCAAAUACUGCUUCACGUACUCUCAAUAGUGUUGAUCGUGUUUAUACACAACAAGAUGGUGUUGAUUCAUUAGUUACAUUAGCAUAUGUUGAUCAAACAAAAGGUGUUAGCGGUGGGUUGACAGGAACAAUUACAUUGAAAGUUGAUUCAACAGUUGGAAUUAGCAGUAGUAGUACUAGUCAAACAUCAACAACAACAAAGGCGUCAACUAGUAGUACAGCACAGCAGCAACAUGGUCAACAGAAUCAACAUGGUCAACAGAGUCAACCAGGUCAACGGGGUUAA